AUGUCUCAGCAUCAAGCACCUGUUGCCGGCGGUAUCGUCGAUGGAUUCCGAUGUGGCUCCGUCUUCGCAAACACGGUCAUAAAAUCGUUGACGUCUACAAACGGCGUUGCGAUGCAACCUGAGGACCCGGACGACAACCAAGCUGCCACGCUCAACGCAUACACCAGAUCAAUUAUCGACAUCUGUCGCAGCGACGUCACUGGGUUUUGGGAUCAGCAAAACUUCACAUUCAGCGCUCAGGAUGACGAUUUGGAGGGGGCUCGGGAUGGGCGAACGGGCAUCCUGUCCGAUAUCCCGCCGAGUCACUUCAAAGACCGGUGGAACCAGAUCGUCGAUGUCCCAUAUGCCGAAGACGUGUCAACGAAGAUCUACCUGGACCCUCAUCCAAGCAACACCAGCGAGACCGUCACAGCACAGCUUGGACCUACAGGAGGCAUUUCUUGCCCUGCAGAUCUGAGGGAGGACAUGGCGACCGCCAUGAUCAGCGGCGAUGUCCCCAAGAUGGCUUGGCUAUUCCGCCAGGCAUGCCCGGGAGAAUGGAGCAGAGGCUGGGGCGUAGGUCUCAGCACCAUGCUAAAAGAUGCAGCCAAGCACGGGAUCGAACCGGAGAAACGGCGUGUCCGUCGCCAUAUCGAUAUCGCAGAGUUCGUCAGAUAUCGAUGGCAAUUGGCGGAAAUGGCAGACUCUUUCGUACAAGAGCACAAGCUUCGAAAGCCCAACAAUGACAUAUGCAUACUCUGGAACGAUUUGGAGUGGUCGGUUUCCGCACGUCAAACGAUCCCUGGAUAUGGAGACCGAUUUGGUGAGGCCUUCAGUCACCUUGUCUACAAGCGGUUCAACCCCGAACCAAUGCGUUCCCAGGGUCCCCCCUUCGACCGAUUUACCCGGUACAUGGCUGCGGCCAUCGCGCUGACGGACCUUUCCCAGGAGGAGAACGACCGGGUCCUUCAAAGCUUGGUGUGGCAAAUGGAUCAGUACAAGGAGUUUUACAAGAAAAUCUGUGUCGAGGACAAGGGAGUUCUCCAAAAGGGACGAGAAUGGCAAGAGGCAAUCGGACGGUAG